AUGGCCAAAACUCAACCGACAUUUUCUAAAACUCGACUGACUCCUGAAGUAAGAAAUGGCACUGCACACUUCCUUUACCAUUUCCUAAAUCUGGGGCGGCAGGUAGUCAGCCUACUGGUUAAGAGCGUUGGGCCAGUAACCGAAAAGUCGCUGGUUCGAAUCCCCGAGCCGACUAGCAGAAACAUCUGCUGAUGUGCCCUUGAGCAAGGCACUUAACCCUAAUCGCUCUUGUAAGUCGCUCUGCAUAAGAGCGUCUGCUAAAUGACUAAAAUGUAAAUCUGUAACAGAACAGCUUUGGCUCAGUGGAUAAUGCCUUUUGUUUUUGUAGCAGAGUUUGCGACCACUGUUCCCAGUGAGACCCAGCUUGCCAUCCAGGGGCAAAAUACAGUCCUAGACUGCAGUUUCCCUGUGGACAAACAAUGGGAUCGAACGUGCUGCCAGAUUGAAUGGAAGUUAGACAAAGAGGUGGUCCACAGUUUCUACUAUGGUCAGGACCACCUGAACGACCAGAGCAGUCGCUAUGUCAACAGAACCAGCCUGUACCACUCUGAUAUAGAGAAGGGGAACGCUUCUCUCAGGCUGGAACAUACCACCGUGGGAGAUGAGGGAAACUAUAUCUGUACUGUGCACACAGAAAUGGGCCCAAAGAGGAAAUCUGUAUACCUUAAAUUAGCAGGUAACACCCAUAUAUUUUUUUCUGCUAACUUGGAACUUGCUGAGAAACAAUCAAGCACCUUGCAUAACAGUUAUAUACAUGUAUGCAUGACUCAUGAUUUUGCACUCUUUACAAACAUGUUAUUCAGUGGGACAUUUAGUUGAUUUAAUUUAAUCUCCAAUGAAGUCAAUUGGGGUUGUUAUACAGUCAUGCUUCACUUCAUAUUCUUAACACCUCCACUUCUGUAGAAAGCAUACAGUUUUGGUCAUGAUACCUUUUCAAUAUCCAAUUCUAUCAUUGUUGUGUAUAGCGUUCUACUCUGAGCCUCGCCUGAAGUUCUCAACAUCUGCCUGUGGUGUGGAGCUCCUCUUGACCACCAAGGGGUACCCUCGGCCCUCAGUGCAGUGGCUGACUGUCAGUGGAGAGGACGUCACCAACGACACAGUCACACACCUCUCCCAGGACGCACAGGGCCUAUACACUGUUUCCAGCACAGUAACCCUGCAGGGAGCGGUCAAUAAGACCCUGAUGUUUGUCUUAAAGAACAAAGACCUGGGACAGGAGAUCAGGAGAAACAUCACACUUCUCUCAGGUAACUUAAAAAGGACAAGGAAAUAUAAUGGAUCUAUGCGGCAGUGUGUUUGUUGUAUAAUGAAAAUGAAUAGAAGGUAGUUUAUAUACAGUACCAGUCAAAAGUUUGGACACACCUACUCAUUCAAGGGUUUUUCUUUAUUUUUACUAUUUUCUACACUGUAGGAUAAUAGUGAAGACAUCAAAACUAUGAAAUAACACAUAUGGGAUAAUGUAGUAACCAAACAAAAAAAGUGUUAAACAAAUCAAAAUAUAUUUUAUAUUUGAGAUUCUUCAAAUAGCCACCCUUUGCCUUGAUGACAGCUUUGCACACUCUUGGCAUUCUCUCAUCCAGCUUCACCUGAAUUCUUUUCCAACAUUCUUGAAGGAGUUCCCACAUAUGCUGAGCACUUGUUGGCUGCUUUUCCUUCACUCUGCCGUCCGACUCGUCCCAAACCAUCUCAACUGGGUUGAGGUCGGGGGAUUGUGGAUGCCAGGUCAUCUGAUGCAACACUCCAUCACUCUCCUUCUUGGUAAAAUAGCCCUUACACAGCCUGGAGGUGUGUUGGGUCAUUGUCCUGUUGAAAAACAAAUGAUAGUCCCACUAAGCGCAAACCAGAUGGGACAGCGUAUCGCUGCAGAAUGCUGUGGUAGCCAUGCUGGUUAAGUGUGCCUUCAAUUCUAAAUAACCCACAGACAGUGUCACCAGCAAAGCACCCCCACACUAUAACACUUCCUCCUCCAUGCUUUACGGUGGGAAAUACACAUGCGGAGAUCAUCCGUUCACCCACACUGUGUCUCACAAAGACACAGCGGUUGGAACCAAAAAUCUCAAAUUUGGACUCCAGACACAAGCACAGUCCUCAUGAGAGCCAGUUUCAUCAUAGCGCUUGAUGGUUUUUGCGACUGCACUUGAAGAAACUUUCAAAGUUCUUGAAAUGUUCCGUAUUGACUGACCUUCAUGUCUUAAAGUAAUGAUGGACUGUCGUUUCUCUUUGCUUAUUUGAGCUGUUCUUGCCAUAAUAUGGACUUGGUCUUUUACUAAAUAGGGCUAUCUUCUGUAUACCCCCGUACCUUGUCACAACACAACUGAUUGGCUCAAAUGCAUUAAGGAGGAAAGAAAUUCCACAAAUUAACUUUUAAGAAGGCACACCUUUUAAUUGAAAUGCAUUCCAGGUGACUAUCUCAUGAAGCUGGUUGAGAGAAUGCCAAGCGUGUGCAACGCUGUCAUCAAGGGAAAGGGUGGCUAUUUGAAGAAUCUCAAAUAUAACAUGUAUUUUGAUUUGUUUAACACUUUUUAGGUUACUACAUGAUUCCAUGUGUGUUAUUUCAUAGUUUUGAUGUCUUCACUAUUAUUCUACAAUGUACUUUUUUUAUUUUAUUUUUACAAAUAAAGAAAAACCCUUGAAUGAGUAGGUUUCCAAACCUUUGACUGGUAGUGUAUAUCAAGUGAAACAGUAAGUAAGAUAGGUAGGCCUACAUAGAUAGUGGAGAUAAUGUGUUGCAAUGUUAAUCUGACAUUGCACCUUUUUUUUUUUUAUAACAGGAAACUGUGUUGAAGUGUCACCUGGGGUUUGCCAAGAGAUAUGGUGGCUUGUUAUUACUAUCCUGGCUGUGAUGCUGAAAUACUGUUCAUGUAUCUAAGGGGGUUGGGUCUUGGUAACCAUUUGUUAUUUUGUUUUACAAAUUAGUCCAAGAAGUAAUGCCCGAAGAUGCAACUAAGAAAAUGUAAUAAACGGU